GAGCAACAGCUCGCAGCAGCCUCUGCCUUCUCUGCACCCCUUGGAGGCCUGUGGUGAAGCUGCUGAGGGGUCUGGGUCUAGACUCAACUCUAUGGGGGCUACUGGGCCGUGUGCCCAGCAGCCCCUAUAGAUCCAGCUGACUAAAGGCCAACAGGCUGCAAGCCUUCAAGGCUGCUGAGGCCACUGCCCCCACGUCUCUGUAAUGGAAACUUCUCAGCUGCUCUGUGCUCAACAGCUCGGGUUCCUGCCCCGUGUGGGGCUCUAAGAGGCGGCAGAUCGCAAGACAAGGCAGAGGACCAUGUCCCAGUAAAUGAGGUCUGCAGCUCCAGUCUCUCGCCCUAAUCCCCACCCACGGACACGCCAUCCAACCAGAGAGAAUGAGGGGACCACGUGGGGCUCACAGCCUCCCAGGACCGAGAGGGAUGGCGACAGGAAGUGUCCUCCCUCUAUCCUAAGACCCAGACGGCAAGAAUGUGGGUGCCCUGGGGGUGAGCCACAGAGAAAUCAAAGGCACGUGCGGUUCCGAGAGCCCCUGGAGGUGGCUGUCCACUACAUUGCCCGCAAGGACAGGACAGCUGCCAUCAAGGUCCCCCGCCGUGCAGCUCCUCACGGCGGCUCUCCGCUCCAGCCAGCAUUCUGCGGUGGCUCCUUGUUCCUGUGGCUGAUUCUGUGUGUUCUGCUUGGAGUGGUGCUGGGCCUGUACUGUGGCCGGGCCAAACGUGUCACAGGAGCCCUGGAGGACCUCUGGGCUCAGCUCCUCGUCCUGACCUCGCACCUGUGGCGUGCGGUCCUUGCCUGUUGACACUGCCUCCUGCA